AUGUUAUGGUCCAAACACCAUAUUGCUACUUGUAUUUGUGCUUUUCAUAUUGCUACUUGUAUUUGUGCAAAUCCGUUACAUGAUGAGGACAGCUUACAACAGGAGACGGAGAAUAUGGUUGAUGACGAAGAAGAGGAUGUCGUCGUCUUGGACUGUGAUGCUGAAGAAGGCGACCCACCAGAGCAUGCCGAUGAUGAAUUUAUUGUUGUCGAUUAA